AGAAUCCGUACAGUAGGUACUAUUUUCCAUGGUUUGCUACUCACUGGUCCCGAUGUACCUUACGCGACCGAAAUUCUUUGUGUGAGAUCUUUCGUAUAGCGAUUAGCUAAGCUUAAUUCGAUAAGCCGUUAUAAAAGUAAUGUCUCACGACCCGCUACGCUCAGUUCAUUAUCUUUUUUCCUGGCAUUAAAGUCGAAUAGGAUAACGUUACGGUUUUGUUUUUUCCAGCGAAAAGCGAAAAUGAGAAAUUCCAGGCAGAUAUUGUGGUGUGUUUUAUGUGCAAUCAUUGUGACUAAUGCUGUCGCGCAACUUGAGGAAGAUAACCCAUGUAUUGGAAACGUUGGAGUUCUACGGGUUCCGGAUAUUGAAGAUUGCACUAGAUUUAUUCUCUGUGUUGGAGGUGAUCCAUUUCCACAGCAGUGUAGUCCAGGCUUGAUCUUCGAUGUAAUCACCGAUAGCUGCAACUUGGAGGAAAUCUCAGUGUGUAUCCAGGAAGUUUUGACCCCACCAACUCCCGGAAUUACUACAGCAGUCCCUGGGGAACCAACAACUCCAGUAGAUGUACCCAUUGCCCCUACUCCUGCACCGGAGGUGCCUACCGCACCAACACCGGGAACAACUGUGCCCACAGCACCAACACCUGCUCCAACUCCUGCACCACCCGCAACAACUGCUGCACCACCCGCCACAACUCCUGCACCACCCGCAACAACUCCUGCACCACCCGUAACAACUCCUGCUCCAGCACCAGUUACAACCGCACCACCACCCUCGGGAGGAGAACCCCACUGCCCGCCCGGAGAAUUGUUCUAUGCUCCCCAUCCAGACUGUACCCGCUUCUUCCGAUGCGUUUUCGGGACCCUCUUCGUGCUGAACUGUCCUCCAAAUCAACAUUGGAAUCAAGAACGGGAAUACUGUGACCACCCGUGGAAUGUUCAAUGCUGAAAUCGUCCCUAUCAGACAGUUGCAAUUUGAAAAUUAUACAAAGUGAAAUACAACUCAUUUCCGCAAGAUUGGCGGCGAACCCA